CGUGGGGUGGCUCCAAGGCGGGGGCUCCCGGCUUGGCUCAGCUCGCCCUGUCACGCCUCUGGCCUGUUCUCACCUGCCGCUUGUGUGGCUCUGCAGGUCGGCCUGCUAUGGAAUAUGACGAGAAGCUGGCCCGCUUCCGACAGGGCCACCUCAACCCGUUCGACAAGGCCCCGCUGCCAAGCCAGUAUGACCAGAAGACUACUGGGACAGGAGGGGUGUUCCCACAGAAAGACCUGAGGUUUGGGCUGUCCCCGGAGGUGCCUGACUUCCAGUGCACGGAGCGCACGAUGGACCUGGGAAUGGCGGAAGACCACUUCUCGCGCCCAGUGGGCUUGUUCCUGGCGUCCGACGUGGACCAGCUGCAGCAGGCGAUCGAGGAGUGCAAGCAGAGGAUCCUGGAGCUGCCCGACAACUCGGAGAAGCAGAAGGACGCCGUGGUGCGCCUCAUCCACCUGCGCCUGAAACUGCAGGAGCUGAAGGACCCCAGCGAGGACGAGCCCAACAUCCGGGUGAUCCUGGAGCACCGCUUCUACAAGGAGAAGAGCAAGAGCGUGAAGCAGGCGUGCGACAAGUGCAGCACGCUCAUCUGGGGGCUGCUCCAGACCUGGUACACCUGCACAGGCUGCGCCUACCGCUGCCACAGCAAGUGCCUGGGCCUCAUCACCAGGCCCUGCGUGCGCUCCAAGGUCAGCCACCAGGCCGAGUACGAGCUCAGCAUCUGCCCAGAGACGGGGCUGGACAGCCAGGACUACCGCUGCGCCGAGUGCCGCGUGCCCAUUUCUCUCCGAGGCGUUCCCAGUGAGGCCCGGCAGUGCGACUACACCGGCCUGUACUACUGCAGCAGCUGCCACUGGAACGACCAGGCGGUCAUCCCUGCCAGAGUCAUCCACAACUGGGACUUCGAGCCGCGCAAGGUGUCCCGGUGCAGCAUGCGCUACCUUGCGCUGAUGGUGUCGCGGCCGGUCCUCAAGCUGCGUGAGAUCAACCCGCUCCUCUUCAAUUACGUUGAGGAGCUGGUGGAGAUCCGAAAGCUGCGCCAGGACAUCCUCCUCAUGAAGCCAUACUUCAUCACCUGCAAGGAGGCCAUGGAGGCCCGGCUGCUGCUCCAGCUGCAGGAUCGACAGCACUUUGUAGAAAACGACGAAAUGUACGCGCUGCAAGACCUGAUCGACGUCCACGCGGGCCGCCUCGGCUGUUCCCUGACGGAGAUCCACACCCUCUUUGCCAAGCAUAUCAAGCUGGACUGUGAGCGGUGCCAAGCAAAGGGCUUCGUGUGUGAGCUCUGCAAGGAAGGAGAUGUGCUGUUCCCCUUUGACAGCCACACCUCCGUGUGCGUGGAGUGCUCAGCCGUCUUCCACAGGGACUGCUAUUAUGACAACUCCAUGACGUGCCCCAAGUGUGUUCGGCUCAGUCUGAGGAAGCAGUCGCUACUCAGGGACCCCAGCCUGGAGCUGCAGGAGUAGAGGCACCUUUGCCAGGCCGGCGGGAGGCAGGAGCACGACGCCCCAGCAAGCCAGGGUCCACCUGCACUUGCCCAAGGGGAGGCUGGCAAGAAGCGGGGCCUUUCACAGGCCGCAGCUGGAACACUUUCUCCGAAGCUGAAAACGGGGCAGCUAGGCAAGGGCUGAACUCGGGCCUCAACUCUUAUCUCACCGGAAAGGCAGGCAAGACAGUGCCUCGCCAGCCAAACGUGGCAGCCCCUCCCUUGCCCGGACUUGUGAGGCUGAAGUAAAGAGAUGUCAGUCCCUGCAAAACUCUGGCUUUUGGGUGGGAAGAGGACAAGCUCUGGACCCCGAGGCCAUCCCUGGCAGGCCUUGGCAGGCUGAGCAACCCUGGAGAGAGGGUUGCCUCAGCCUUGGCGCAAAAGGAUUGCUGCCAGCUCCCUUGAGCAGUCGAGCAUUAACACUGCCACUCUGUGCUGGCACAUGGCACCGAAAGCACUGCUGCGGCUUCCUUCGGACAAUGCUAGCUCAGCAAAGAUGAUCUCCACCAGUUGGUAUGAAGAAGAUUUGACGUCAAGGAGCCAUUACCUCUGACUUCGAUGCAGAGAUGGAGCACCUGUCUCAAAGAAGGGGAGAGAGGUGCUCCUUUCCCUGCUGGCUCAGCCAUGGUGGCUGUUGGCAACAAAUCCAAGGACUGCCUAGAUCCAGAAGUCAGGGUGGCCCCUUCAGCCAAGUGAGGGAGAGUGCAGGGCACACAAAUCGGUCAUUUAUCAUGAGCACUAAAACCACUUUAAAUAAAGCUGUGUGUUGA